AUGAUCGUUGAGAGACUUGUGGAAAGUGAAUUUGAUCAUGUUGUUGAGUUUGCUUUUUCGGAUCCUGAUUCUGGCUAUCAGUCAGCCGCAGGUAAAGCUUUUGAACAAGUUGCGCACGAGAUGCUGAAGGGAGGAGGAAAAUACAGAAUGCAUAGGCUGGGUGAUGGAAAUGCGUGGGAAGAGCUGAACUUGAAGCGAUGCUUGUACGUUGAGUUCCAGUCAUCAAUUAGAGACUUGCAAGAGCUGAAGAUCACGCCGAAUGGAUAUUAUAAGCCUAAGGCAUCAAACUUCCCUUGCAUGGAUGCGGUGCGCUUGUCAGCGAGCGGGGUACUGUACACGUUUCAGAUGACACGGGCGCAGACACACCCGAUCGAACUCGAGCUAUUACUUGUCAUGUUGAAAGCUCUGCGAGCCAAGAACAAGUUUCAGAGGGUAUCCGUUGUGUUUGUUGUGCCUUCGGGGCAUGAUGAAUGGUCCUCCUGGAGACAAGACCAAGACUACACAUCUGAGGGAGUGAAGGCAAGCAAGGAGCCGGAGAUUGAAAUGAGGACAGUCACUCAGUCAACCUCAAGAACAGCGAUAGUCCUCAGAUUUCGAUCAGCUGCUUCUGCACUCUCUCCUUCAUCUUCAUGUGUCGCAAGUCAGGAAUGCAAACUGACAGGGUGUCCAGCAACGUAUAGAGCUUUGCAGGAGCUUUGA